AGCAAAGAAAAUAUUUUUUUCUUCUUUUUCUUUAUACACUUAAUUUUUUUUAACAUGUCUACCGAAUUACAACACAUUUUUGAAAAGUACAACCACAAGCACAAUUCUGCUCCUGCUCCCAAGAUCUCCAACACCAUUUUGGAGAACAUUGGUCGUACCCCUCUUGUUCGUUGUAGCAAGAUUGCCAAGGAAGAAGGUUUAAAGUGUGAACUUUUGGCCAAGUGUGAAUAUUUCAAUGCUGGUGGAUCCGUCAAGGAUCGUAUCGCUGCCCGUAUGGUUGAAGAAGCUGAAAAGGCUGGUACCAUUAUUCCCGGUGUUAGUACCAUUAUUGAACCUACCUCUGGUAACACUGGUAUUGGUUUGGCUCUUGCUGCUGCCGUCAAGGGUUAUCGUGUUAUUAUCACAUUACCCGAAAAGAUGUCCCAAGAAAAGGUUGAUGUCUUGAAGGCUCUUGGUGCUGAAAUUAUCCGUACACCUACUGAAGCUGCUUGGGAUGCCCCUGAAUCUCAUAUUGGUGUUGCCCGUAAAUUGAGAGAUGAAAUCCCCAAUGCUGUUAUCUUGGAUCAAUACACUAACCCUUACAACCCUAUUGCUCAUUACGAUACUACUGCUGAAGAACUCUUGGAGCAAUGUGAUGGUAAGAUUGAUAUGUUGGUUGCUGGUGCUGGUACUGGUGGAACCAUCUCUGGUAUUGCCCAAAAGCUCAAGGAAAAAUUACCCAACAUUAAGAUUGUUGGUGUUGAUCCCAUUGGUUCUAUCUUGGCCCAACCUGAAUCCUUAAACACUGAAGGUGGUUCUUACCAAGUUGAAGGUAUUGGAUAUGAUUUCAUUCCUGAUGUCCUCAAGCGUAACUUGAUUGAUGUCUGGGUCAAGUCUGAAGAUAAGCCUUCUUUCUUAAUGUCUCGUCGUUUGAUUCGCGAAGAAGGUCUCCUCUGUGGUGGUUCUUCUGGUACUGCCAUGUACGCUGCUGUUCAAGCUGCCAAGGAAUUAAAGGAAGGUCAACGUUGUGUUGUCAUCUUGCCUGAUUCUGUCCGUAACUAUAUGACCAAGUUCUUGAAUGACGAUUGGAUGAGAGAGAGAGGUUACACUGAUGAAAAGUUUGAGGAAUCCAGCUUUGAAAACAAGGCCAAGAAGGACUUUGCUGGUGCCACUGUCCGUGACCUCAAGUUGGCUGAUGCCGUCACUAUUGACAGCGAGACCACCUGUAAGGAAGCUAUUGAUUUAAUGGAAAAGAAUGCCUUUGAUCAAUUGCCUGUAACUGCUGGUCCUCAUCGUCGUCUUCGUGGUCUUGUUACCAUGGGUAACAUUCUCUCUCGUAUUGCUACUGGUCGUGCUAAGCCUGAUACCCAUGUCUCCGAAGUCAUGUUCCAUUUCACUAAGGGAUCCAAGGAGUUUGAAGAAAUCACUGAAUCUACUCCUUUAGAUAAGUUGACUCGUUUCUUCGAGACCAACUCAUCUGCUUUAGUUACAGACUCUCAUAAGGUCAAGCACGUUAUCACAAAGGUUGAUUUACUCUCUUACUUGGUCAAGAACGUCAAGGCUUAAACUUACAAAAUAAUUUCAUAUUUAGACGUAUACAUAUAUUUCAUCCCUCUCUCCUCUCUCAUAUACAUUUUCUUGUCAGAAAAUCCCAAUAAAAAAGUAUUUCCAUACCUUUUUUGUGUGUACAAUGAUGGCAAUUAAACUUUGUCCGUUGUAAUGAAUAUCACCUACUCUCUGCUUUUUGCCUCUUGAUUUUUUUUUUU